AUGCCACUAUAUCCAACCCUGGAGGAUUUAUUGGUUGAUCAAUAUCAAUAUCAGCAAUAUGGCAGCUGUUCAAGUCACGAUUCUCCGCCAUUUCGUUCUACCGCAGAACCAUCUGCUCCGCUCUACGAAUCAAAUUCUUCCGUCCGUGAGUAG